UAUCAUGAGGUUUCCUUGCAAAUCUUUUAUAUGCUCCGUGAUCACUGCCAUUUAUUCGUCUCUCUUUAUGUCAUGUAUCCGACUGUCAGAUUUCAUAUGGUGCGCUCGGAUUGCGAGCUUUAUUGCAGUGUUCUUAUUGUAUGUUAACAUUAAUUAAAAUUCACAAACAUGGUGAAUAUAGAAACUAUAAAGCGGACGUAUCCGCUACACUGGCUUGUGUGGAAUAACAACUACGAUGAACUCGAUAAGGAACUGUCUACCAACCAGCAUGAUAAGGAAAAAAGUGAUAACAGAGGCAGAACACCGUUAAUGCUGGCUGUUACCCUUGGUCAUGUCGAGUCUGCUAGAACUCUAUUACAUCAUCAAGCCAAUGUUAAUACAGAAAAUACGCAAGGAUGGAGUAUUGUGCAAGAAGCAGUUGGUACUGGAGAUCCAGAAUUACUACAAAUGGUUCUUGCACGUAGGGACUAUCAGCGAUAUAGUAAUCGUAUUGCUGGUAUUCCAGAAUUAUUACACAAAUUAAAACAGGCACCAGAUUUCUAUGUAGAAAUGAAAUGGGAAUUCACCAGCUGGGUUCCCUUAGUCUCUCGAAUGUGUCCUAGUGAUACGUACAAAGUUUACAAACAGGGCAGCAAUGUUCGUAUUGAUACAACCUUAUUGGGCUUUGAUCACACUAACUGGCAGCGUGGAAACCGUAGCUAUAUUUUCAAAGGUCAAAAUGAUGGCGCAACUAUGAUGGAGGUGGAUCAUGAGACCAGGAAAGUCUAUGUGGAGCACAUGAAACUAAUUGGUGAUGAUAACGAACAAAUUUCCCAACCCUCUGAAGAUGGUAUCAUAUCUCGGUUGACGAAUCCUAUCGUAACCACUUAUAUAGACACAGAUAAAAUAAGCUUUGAAAGAAAUAAGGCAGGACUUUGGGGUUGGCGUUCUGACAAGAGUGAAGUCGUAAAUGGACACGAAUGCAAAGUCUUCAGUGCGAGUAAUGUAGAACUUAUAACAAAAACCAGACUAGAACAUUUAUCGGAAUCAGAUAAGGCGAAAGCUCGUUCACCCAGGACUCCAUUACAGUCCUUUUUGGGGAUCGCAGAACAACAACAAGAAAAUGCAACGGUAACUGCCAGCGAGGAAUUCAGCAACAUAGGUAACCCCUGUAAUAUCACUCCCGAAGAAUACUUCGAUGCCGACAUCGACUUGAAUGGGAAGGACAUCGGUAGACCUAAAGAAAUGAACACAAAGAUUCAGAAAUUUAAGGCAACACUAUGGCUUAGCGAAGAGUAUCCACUGAGCCUCCAAGAGCAGAUUAUGCCCAUCGUUGACCUCAUGGCGAUAUCCAGCUCGCAUUUUGCUAAGCUGAAAGACUUCAUCCAGAUGCAACUACCGGCUGGAUUUCCUGUCAAGAUUGAAAUCCCACUGUUUCACGUGCUCAACGCCAGGAUAACGUUUGGAAAUAUCUUCGGCUUGGACCAAGAAGUAUCACACGUAGGCCGUCUUCAGGAAUCCAAUAGAAUGACCUGCCUUGUUGAUGAUGUCUGCUUUGAAGCUCCCACUGGAUACGUGAAGCUUGCAGGUGCUGAGGUACGAAGACAAUUCAGUAUCGAGGAAGAGGAUGACCUUCUUCAGUUCGCUAUACAACAGAGCCUUCUUGAAGCUGGUAGUGAACGUGAUGAGGUUGAUAUAUGGGAGGCUCUUAGAGCACAAAAACCGUCCCGUCCAACAACCCCUAAUAUGAUGACAGAAGAGGAACGACAACUCCAAAGGGCCAUACAGGCGAGUCUGGUUCUUUACCAAGAGAGAGCUGGAUGUACAGAAGAGGAAGGGAAUGCGAACACAACUGGAAGUAACGACGAAGACGAACAAAGUUCACUGGAAGGAACUGCUGAACAGUUAAGAUUGGCUUUGAGGUUGUCGGAGCAGCAACAGCUCGAAGAGGAGCAACGUCGUCUUCUGGAAGAGGAGACUUUCAGACAGGUUCUCGAGCUUUCACUUACUGAGAAGUGAAAUUUAACUUGAAUGACGAUAGAAAGACACGUGGAAUGGUUGUGGCAGAAAUUGAAUUAACGAUAAAAUGAAAAAAAAAAAGCUUCCUUGGGACGGUUUAAAGAAUUGAGUACGUUAUUUAUUUCUUAGGCAUGUUUAAUAUGAGAGUCCGUAGCGAUACGUUUCGCCAGUUGACGAAGCCUUGAAAAUUACAGAGAUAUAAAUAAUAGGGCAGGUGGAGAUGGUAAACUGAAAGUAUUGCAUUGGUGCAUAAA